AUGUUUUAUGAUGAAAAUUUAAUGAACGAUGAAAUAUUAGGGGUUGUGUGGAAGCUAGCAAAUAACAUACCAACUGAAAAUAUUGGUAAUCAUAAUUUACCGAGAAUUUGUACCGAGCUGAACUCCUGGGUGGACAUUGCAGUAGUGCCACACAGGAGACUGUCCUUGAGAACCUCUUCUACCCUCAUCAAUGGAACUGCCAUGUUGUACCAGCAAAACAUGCGUCAGCUGCUUGAUGACGUGAUAAAACUGGAUGAAGAUUUAGUACAGCGACGCAGAAGAAAAUAUUUUAGCAGCUCUAGUAGUUCAGAUUCUUCAGAAUCUACUGCAACUCCAGAAGAGAUGAGACUACAACCAACUACUGAUUUUGAUUUUGAUUCAUCAUUUUCCCCAACUAAGAGACCUAAACUCGAUCGUGCUGCUCCAGAAGCAACUUGCACACCAAACAUUACAAUGAGUCAAUCUUCCAGUGACAAUCUCACCACAGAUGAAACUACAAAUACUAAUGAACAAAACAAAAAAGAUAGAAAGUGUAAUAACAAUGGAAACUGUGGAUCGGGAAACGGUGUGACGGUAGUAGUGGACUUGACGGGAGAAAAUUGUAUGAACAACAUAGUCGCAGAUAAAAGUAUGGAAAAUCAGCGUAAAGAUAAAGAAGAUAAGGAGGUCCAAACUUCUCCAAUAUCAAAACAGAUCCGCGAUUACGGCGCGUGGUACUCCGCACGCGCCUCAGAGCCAACCACAGAAGCUGAUGUUCAGACGGACUUGCGCGGCAAGAAGCACAAUAAAAUACCGCAGCACUGGCCUGGAUCAGGAGAUGGCACGGAUGGUUAA